CAAAGGUGUUUCUCCAAUGAAUACAUAUUUUGCCAAUAAAUCAUUGAAUCAAAUGUUCAAAUGUAAUCACAAUUAUUAUUAAUAUACUUUUUCAUGUCACGUGCUUUUUCAUGAUUAAUAUAAAGUUUAGAAAAUUAUAAGCUUUUGGUCACAACUACCGCAUGAAAUGAUAAUUAAUUUCAUCGGGUACGACCGACAACUGGGUAUCGGUUUAUUGACGUUAAGCUCAAUCUCUCUCAUAUAUUACACGCUUUGGAUAAUCGUUAUACCGAUGGUUAACGAGAAGCAUAUCAUAAGACAAUUCUUCCCGAGAGAGUCGAUGGCGUUAGCGCUGGGAAUCCCUGUCGGCAUCGGAUCCGCUUUCUUCCUCUUUGUGGCCGUCUUUGCAUUCAUUAAAAUGAGAAAUAUAUGAACAAAACGGACGAACAGUGUCCGCACGUGUGAUCCAAAUAUAAGUUAUUAUUUAUUAUGAAUGAAAAACUAAACAUCUUUUGUGUCACAAAACAAAUGUCCGAAACAUA